AGCGUGGCAAAGCUACCACAGCGGUAGUUUUCGGUGGGCAAGGCACCGAAGCGGUGUCUUUUGGAGGAGCUUAUCUGUCCGCCAGGCAGGUCGUACCGGUAGCCUGAUGAGAGAUGGGCUUAUCCAUCACCUGCACGGGAGAGGCUCGGGAAGCUGAAAUGAGUUGCUUGCCUUCGUCCCGGGAUCCUGGGGCGCGCCUGGGAACCGAGUCCCUCUGGCUGGGUGCUGGUCCGGCAUCUCGGGAGCAAUGGGGUGCAGAGCAGGUUUUAGUCGCUCCGGAGAGCGCGUUGCUGGCGAGGUGUGCGGCCAUUGCACCCCAGUACCGCCCCUCGCUUUCUGGGUGCUAACUUCGCUUUUUACAUCUUUUGCAUCCAGAAUAGUGUCUCGCUGCAGUUCUGCUGAAAACCAACUUUGGCUGAAGCUCUGGUUUUGCCCUCUUUCCUUGAGCUUACUUUUUAGAAGUCGAGUACAAUUCAGCAAUCAAAGGUUAAAAGCAGUAUUAAUCACAAAGCUAGUAUACCCUCCCUGAGUACAUAAUUACUAUCUAGAGAGCUGUGUGCUCAAAGACUCUGAGGGUAGCUAGGAAACAAAUGCUCUCAGGAUUAUAGUUGUGGUAAUUUAGGACUGCUGCUUCUGGUUUUGAUGUCUCAUUAUUUAUAGACUGAUCCCCAAGAUUCAGUCUCGCGUACGUUCUCUGGAGAAUGUCCCGUAUGCUUUCACGCAGUGGAGCGAGAUGGGUAAUGUGCUUUCUAUGAGCAAAUGGAAUGGCACUUAGUAGGAUUGUCUGCAACUGUGGGAGGGGAGGAGAGGGGAGGGAGCGGGCAAAAGCUAUAAAUGGAUUUAAACAAAUGCUGUAACUUGAAAUUUACCCUAAUUUUAAAGCUAAGUGAAAACCACGUCUGGUUCCUCCUACCCUUACAAUUUCUUGCUGACUCCUGUAAUUUGAUGAUUUAUUCUGAAAUCUGUUUUGAAAUCUCUCUUCCUUUCCAACAAAUGAGACAUAGAAGCUGGCACGUUCAUCAGUUCUGUCAAAUGCACAUGCAAAAAUAUCCUUCUCUGACACCUGAGGUUUUUGCUAACAAACGAGUAAAGGGGAAAACAUCUGCUGGUUAAAAGUUAAGACCAGAAGUCUGCUUAUGGACACUGGAAUCGGUAUCUUAAUUUUCUAAAGUAUUAACCACUCAGUGGCCGUAUACUAAAGCAAACAUUCUCUCAUUUGAUGAGAAACUGGAACUCUUUUACGCUUAUCCCUGUAAGACGAUGCGUGGGGGUUUGCUGUAAACAAGGUUAGCAGGGGCUGUUACCUGUGUCUUGGCUCAAAGCCUCCUGCUGUGUGCAUGGUCCUGCCCACCAGCUCUUGAAGCUUGGUUUUCUUGCCCGGUUGGCAUGCGAGCUGGAGCCAGGAUUCCCAGCUUGUGGUCUGUGCCGCCUGGCCAGUGGGUUACAGGCAGCAUUAUUGAACUGGGAAGCUCCCCAGCUGUAACAGAGUGCUGCUGCCUGUGACCAGCAGUGGGUGGUGGGACAGGUCAUGCUGUGGCCAGGGAGCGUGCGUCUAAUGGGUCCCCUUUACGUGCCUGGUCCCCCCGUGCCUCUCCCCAGCGUGUGAGGCAGGGCACCAGACAUCCCCAGGGUGCAAAGCUGGCCCUGUGCCUGAGUGUGCUGGAACCACGGGUUCAAACCCACAUCUAUUACCACGUGCCUUGCAGAGCCUCUUGAUGCUGUCCUGUCUCCCUAGAUCUGUGCAGGGAGGCCUUUCAGCUGCAGCCCUUCCCAGUUCAUUUAUGGUGGAAACAGUAUGUAGCUGAUGCCCAAGCAGAGGCUCGUUUUCAGUGUCUCAGAUUUUUUAAAAGGACCAGAAAUUGAUACCUUUUUUUGUUUAAAACUUAUUUCAAUCAAUGCUGUAGAUGUUGAAAAAGACAAAAAGGAAAUUAAUAUUUAAUUGGGAAGUAAUUUCACUUUUGACAAAAACAAAUAUACUGAAACCCAAGUUUUGGCCAGCUUCUGACAUGCAUGUUACAGUAAAAUCCGGAAUGGAUACAGAAAUGGAUUUGAGGUCUGAUAUUGUUCUUUGCAUUUUCAGUCACUUGUCUACAUCUCCCAUGUUUGGGAUUGAUGUUUUCAAGAACUAUUUAUUGUUAUUUCUGAAAGUAAUUAUGUGAGGAUUCAUCUUUUGAAAUAUAACACAGCUCAUUCAGCCUCUUUAACCAUUAAAACAUAAAAGCAUUUUUCUAACUUUAACUGAAAGAUGUUAACACUUACACUGAAUCUUGAGGAAGUCAUCUUGACUUUGAAUUCUAGUGACUUAAGGGAUGAUCUACGCAGGGUGGAUGAUACACUAGCAAAAAAGGCUCUAAUGUAAAUAGCCUCCAACUGCAAUUAAAAGGCAUCUACAUUUAUAAGAUUCCUGAAAAGCCUGUAAAUAAUCCAGUUUGUUCUUACAUUUAGAUGACUUUAAGCCUGCAUCUAUUGAUAUGUCCUGUGAAGGAGACCUUGAAGUUGGCAAAGGUGAACAGGUGACAAUAACACUGCCAAAUAUUGAGGGCUCAACUCCACCAGUGACUGUGUUCAAGGGCUCAAAGAAGCCUUACCUAAAAGAAUGUAUCUUAAUUAUCAACCAUGACACUGGAGAAUGUCGCCUAGAGAAACUUAGUAGCAACAUCACUGUGAAAAAAACCAGAGCUGAAGGAAGCAGUAAAGUCCAGUCUCGCAUAGAGCAGCAACAGCAGCAAAUGCGAAAUGUAACUAAAGUUCCAAACAAUGUUAAAAAUUCUCCACCAAAAGAAAAGAUGUCUCCAUCUUCUCCUAUGGAUGAUAUUGAACGAGAGCUAAAAGCAGAAGCCAGUAUCAUGGACCAGCUGAGUAGCUCUGACAGUUCAUCUGACUCGAAAAGUUCUUCAUCCUCUUCAUCAAGUAGUGAAAAUAGUUCUAGUGAUUCUGAAGAUGAGGAAACCAAGCCCUCUCUUCCUAUAUCAAUGCCGUAUUUGCAGCCACAGCCUACUGUGUCUGCCAUGCCACAACAGGCUGUCCCUGACAAAGAUGCCAGUCAUAACCGAUCCCAAGAGAGCAGUGGUCAUAUGAUGAAUACACUACGAAAUGACUUGCAGCUGAGUGAAUCUGGAAGCGAUAGUGAUGACUGAACAAAUUUUUGGCCUUAAAUGUAUCACCUUUUUUGCUAAAUAUGUCUUAGCAUCUGUUUUGCACUAAGAUUAGAUUACCAGAGACUGGAAUGAAUGUCCUCGAUUUUGAUAAUAGACAUCCUAAUUUUCUACUGACACAUCAUGUCUAUAAUACAGCAGCAUUGAUAUCCCGUCAGUGCUAUGGUUAUGUGUUUAUCUUUCAAAUUACUGUAUUUACAGUAAAAUUGUGUAUGAUCUGAUUUUGAUUAUUUUUGCCUCAGCCACCUGUUUUACUUGAAACUGAUUUGUAACAGCUAGUUACUUUAUAUAAAUAGUUAUGGAAUGGAGAAAUUUCUGAUAUUUAUGGAGGCAAGUUUCCUUCCUAUCAUUUAAAUGCUGAAUGCUGAUCUCGCAACUUCUACUUGGAGGGAGUGACAGUGAGAACAACUAAAUGAGGUCUGCCAUGUCAGCUAUACUUUUUGUUCAGUUCACAGUUCAUACCUUUAAGGAAACUGCUGAUUAAUGUGGUCCACUAGUGCAGUUACAGUUUACAAUUGUUCAACACAUUGCUGAAUUCUUAAUUUCAUUGUAUUAUAGGACUUUAUAUUUCUGAGCCUCAAGAUUCCUAAUGGAACUUGUCUAUUCUCUGCCUUUUUUUAUGUAACUUGAAUAGGCUGGUCUUUUUACAACCUUUUUGUAUCUAAAUUUAGGUAACUGCAGAGACAGCAAUGAAUUUCCUUCAUUUAAUUCUGUAACAGAAAUCAGAAAAUUUCUUUGUAGGAGUAUAAAAGUAAUUUAAUAA